AUGCCCGAGUCUUCUUCCGGCCCAAGUCAACCCGCCGCCAAGUCGCAGAGCCAGUCGCCGCCCGUAGACGCAGUCACGGCUCUGAAGCGCAAGCGCAACAAUGCUGCGGCUCGCAAGUAUCGGCAGAAGCGGAUCGACCGCAUCAGCGAGCUGGAGACGGAACUUCGGAGCGUCAAGGACGAGCGGGAUGAGCUGCGACUUCGCCUCGCUCGUCAGGAGGCGGAGGCGGCAACUUUGCGAAGCUUGCUGCAGAUGAACUCUGGGAAGGGUGAGAAAAGUUAG